UUUGACAAGACAAUGACAAUUAAGCAAAGUACUAAGUCAAAGAAAAGGCGGGAAGGGUGAAAUACUAAGAAAUUAAAAAAGUGUUUUUGAAGAAAUAAAUAAGUAUAAUUCAAAUUAUGAGAAGGUGAAAUAUAUCUUAUUAUGUUAGAAAAAUGGCUCCCCCCGCAAAGAAAAGAAAGUUAUCAAUUGCUUCUGGAAGCUUCAAAAACAAAACAACCAAGUCGAGUCUUGCUGACUUCAUAAAUAAUGUUCAAAAGAAACGAGAAAUUACAGCGGAUUCAAUUUUAGAUUUUAAUUUCCAUAAAAAGCGUGUACGUAUAUUUUCACAAGUCCAACUUGUACCUGACUAUUGUGAAGGCAUAGUUUAUUGGAUGUCGAGAGACUGCAGGGUACAGGACAAUUGGGCAUUUCUGUUCGCUCAGAAGCUCGCUCUUAAGAACCAGGUUCCACUACAUGUCUGUUAUUGUUUGGUUGAGAAAUAUUUGGAUGCAUCAUUGAGACAAUUCCAUUUUUUAAUUAAAGGUUUACAAAAAGUUGCAGCGGAAUGUAAGAAAUUAAAUAUUUUAUUCCAUCUACUAGAAGGAAGUGGUGAUAAUGUUUUACCACAAUGGAUUAUUGACCAUAAGAUUGGGGCAGUUGUGUGUGAUUUCAAUCCUCUGAGGAUACCUACAAGUUGGGUUGAGAAUGCAAAAAACAAAUUCAGUCAGAAUGUCCCUUUCAUACAAGUGGAUGCCCAUAACAUUGUGCCUUGCUGGGUAGCUGCAGACAAACAGGUGCACACCAUAUACAGUAUGAGAUGUAAAAUUAAUUCCAAACUAGAGGAGUACUUGACUGAUUUCCCACCUGUUAUAAAACAUCCUUACACAAGCAAUUUUGUACCUGAGCCAAUAGAUUGGGACAGGGCAAUUGAUACUAGAGAAGCUGACAAGACAGUGGGACCAAUAGAGUGGGCCAAUUCGGGUUAUGAUGAAGCUAUGAAGACAUUAAAGAGUUUCCUUGAGAAGAGAUUAAAGAUCUAUGCUGAUAAACGCAAUGACCCCACAGAAGAUGCUCUGAGCAACUUGUCUCCAUGGUUCCACUUUGGUCAGAUUUCAGCACAACGAGUUGCUCUGUGUGUUCAAGAAUACAAAUUACAGUAUACAGAGAGUGUGAAUGCAUUCUUGGAAGUAGCUAUUGUUCGACGUGAAUUAACUGACAACUUCUGCUUUUACUGUGAGAAUUACGACAAUUUAAAAGGAGCUGAUAAUUGGGCACAGAAAACUUUAGAUAAACAUAGAAAUGAUAAAAGAUCAUACAUUUAUACAUUAGAUCAACUUUCUAAAGCACAAACUCAUGAUGAUCUUUGGAACUCUGCACAACUACAGCUUGUAAAUGAAGGCAAGAUGCACGGCUCUAUCCGGAUGUACUGGGGCAAGAAGAUUCUAGAAUGGACUUUGAGUCCAGAUGAUGCACUUAAAUAUGCAAUAUACUUGAAUGAUCAUUAUAGUAUAGAUGGCAGAGACCCUAACGGGUAUGCUGGAUGUAUGCGGUCAAUAUGUGGUAUACACGACACGAAUUUUGUAGAACGGGCAGUGUUUGGUCAAGUUAGGUACAUGAAUUAUAAUGGAUGCAAGAAAAAAUUCAACAUUGACACUUUUGUUGAACGUUAUGGAGGAAAAAAACACAAGUACAUCUCUGCUAAGUAGUCUUAUUUAUUGCAUAUUAU